AUGUAUAACAUGAUGGAAACCGAGAUCAAGAGCCCGCUCCCGCAGUCCAAUUCGGGCUCCGCUGCGGGCAACAAGAACAACAGUGCCAACGACCAGGACCGGGUGAAGAGGCCUAUGAACGCUUUCAUGGUGUGGUCCCGUGGACAGCGGAGAAAGAUGGCACAAGAGAACCCAAAAAUGCACAACUCUGAGAUCAGCAAGCGGCUCGGUGCAGACUGGAAACUUUUGACCGACGCAGAGAAGAGACCCUUCAUCGACGAGGCCAAGCGUCUGCGCGCCAUGCACAUGAAGGAGCAUCCGGAUUACAAAUACCGUCCCCGCAGGAAGACCAAAACCCUGCUCAAGAAAGACAAGUAUUCUUUGCCAGGAGGACUUCUGGCGCCAGGUGCCAACGCUGUUAACAACGGCGUCUCGGUGGGACAGCGGAUGGACAGUUAUGCUCACAUGAAUGGCUGGACAAACAGUGCGUACUCCCUCAUGCAGGACCAGUUGGCCUACCCUCCGCAUCACAGCAUGAACAGCCCUCAGAUCCAGCAGAUGCACCGGUAUGAGAUGGCAGGGCUCCAGUACCCCAUGAUGUCCUCGGCGCAGACCUACAUGAACGCAGCGUCCACGUACAGCAUGUCCCCAGCAUACACGCAGCAGACCUCCAACGCCAUGGGCUUGGGCUCCAUGGCAUCCGUGUGCAAGACUGAGCCGAGCUCACCUCCACCGGCGAUUACCUCCCACUCCCAGAGAGCGUGUUUGGGGGAUCUGAGGGAUAUGAUCAGCAUGUACCUGCCUCCCGGUGGAGACGGCGCGGAUCACUCUUCCCUUCAGACCAGUCGGUUACACAGUGUACAUCCGCACUAUCAGACCGCGGGGACUGGCGUGAACGGAACGCUACCCCUAACCCACAUUUGA